AUGGACGCUGCUGUGAGUAAGCUGAUUGCCAACGCCCUGCUGUACUCGGAUGGUGUGUUGCACCUUGUGGGAGCGAGGCACAAUGAAGAGAAAAGCAGCCUGUUUCCUGUCCCCCUGACGGAGGAGCUGCAGAUGACCACUUCCAUCCUCCGUAAUUGGGCGGACGUGGACGCUUCCUUCUCCGCGUCGCCCGUAAGUACGGUGGGUCUGGUUGAAUACCUUUCCAACGCAGGCACUGCCAACACGUGGAUCGACGAGUGCCGUUGCGUGAUUGCAACGGUGACGAAUGGCAAGAAUGUCACAAAUGGGCCUGAAUUCACAGGGCAAUGUUACCCGUGA